AUGUCGUUUAUAUAUCCUCAACCAAUGAGUUAUUACAACCACUCUAAUUCAUCCUCAGAUAAUAUUACUAAUAACAACACUACUACAACAACGAUGUCAAUUGAUAUUCCUAAUUGUCUUACUCCUACUAUCAAUCUUGAAGAUCAAUUGAAGUUGAUGAAACAACAAUUGUCAUCCAAUUCAAAUUCAAACUCUACUUCAACAACUAGUUUAACUAAAACUAAUACUAACACUAACACAACCAAUUCGCACGUCUCAUCUCCUAGUGAGACUUUGCAACCAUUAUCACCACCAUUGUCACCUUAUCAAAGAAAUGCUACAUUAUUUUCAAUUAAACAACCAUUACCUCAAUUACCAGCUUGUAAUCCUAACAGUAAAUCAUAUUUAAAAACUGGUAAUCAUGAAUUUAAUUUAGAAAACUUUAAUGAUUAUAAAUUAACUAUUGAUAUCAAACCAAUUGCUAAAAAUUAUUAUCAUAAUCAAUUGGAUUUUUUAAAUAAAUAUGAUAUUAAAAGGAAUUCAAGUCACACUGUUGCUAAUGUUGCUUCAUUACCGACGAGAAAAUAUAAAAAGAGAUUAGUAUACGAUUCAAAUGAUGAUAUUACUUUUGCUACUGAUGUUGAACGAGUAAGAACUAGAAGAGUUGCUAGAUCUUCUGGUGGUAGUGGUAAAUUAGCUACUGAUGAUGAUGAUGAAUCCUCGAAUAUUCCAUCAACUCCACCACCACCACCAAAAAAGAAAAAGAAGGUUAGUCAUGGCCAUUCUUCAUCUUCACCUUCAACACCAAUAAUGGCAUUACAACAACAAUUAAUUGAUGAAUCUAUACCAGAUUAUUCACCUGAUGUAACUACGACAUUACCUCCUAAUAAUUCCAAAUGUUUAAAAAUUGAAUGGAAAGGUCAACCAAUGGAUUUAUCUAAUGAUCCUAAUUUAAAUAAAUUGACUCAUCCAGCAGAAAUUUUAUUGGCUAGUAUAUUAAGAUUACCCGUGGCAGUAUAUUUAGAUUCUAAACGAAGAUUAUUUUAUGAAAAAGUAUCACGAUUAAGACAAGGUAAAGGAUUUAGAAGAACUGAUGCCCAAAAGGCUUGUAGAAUUGAUGUUAAUAAGGCAAGUCGAUUAUUUGCUGCAUUUGAAAAAGUUGGAUGGUUAAAUGAUGAAUUAUUUGAAAAAUAUUUAUAA